CCACCCUGACGCUGGACCCGGACACGGCUCACCCCCGGCUGGAGCUGUCGGGGGACGGGAAGCGCGUCCGCUGCCUCGGGGGGACCCGGCGGCCCCUCCCCGACCACCCCAAACGCUUCGACUCGUCCCGCUGCGUCCUGACCCUGCAGGGCUUCACCUCGGGCCGCCACUACUGGCGGGUGCUGGUGGGGGCCGGGGGGGCCGCCUGGGCCCUGGGGGUGGCCAAGGAAUCCGUGCCCAGGAAGGGUCGGGUCCGCGUCGAGCCCCGGGGCGGGAUUUGGGCCGUGGGGCACUGCGGGAGCCGCUGCCAAGCCCUGGCCUCGCCCGCCGUGCCCCUGGCCCUGCGGGACCCCCCCAGGGUGGUGGGGGUCUUCCUGGACUACGAGGGGGGGCGGGUGGCCUUUUUCGAUGGUGGGAGGGAGGAGGAGGAGGAGGAGGAGCCGCUGUUCGCGUAUCCCCCGACGAGCUUCGGGGGGGAGAGGGUCCUGCCCCUGCUCUGCCUGGGCAGGGGGGGGGAGUUCACGCUGUGCCCGUGACCCCCCCUGUCCCUGUGACCCCCCCGCUCCCGCCUCGCCCCAAAAUUCCCCUUUUCCCGGCGUUUCUGUCAACGGGAAGAACAAGUUUGGGAUGAUCCCGAUCCGAGAGAUUUUCUGCUCUUCCUGGGCGGGGGGGGACGGGUCAAGCUGUGCCCGUGACCCCCCCUGUCCCUGUGACCCCCCCCGCUCCUGCCUCACCCACCGAGGGGGAUUUUGGGGUGGAAAAAUUCCCCUUUCCCCGUGGUUUCUGUCAACGAGAACAAGAAGUUUGGGAUGAUCCCGAUCCGAGAGAUUUUUCUGCUCCGGUGGGGGGUGAGGGGAUGGAGAGGAGGAAGGACUCGAAAUAACGGGAAAUUGGGAAUAAUGGGGUCGGUCAGAAGGAUCUGUUGGCGCCCGGGGCCGCCGGG